UCAGAUGGGUAAGGCUGAAGGAAUCAUCAACGAUGAGAUCCCAAACUGCUGGGAGUGCCCAAAGUGCCACAAGGAGGGAAAAACCAGUAAAGACCAGGCGGACGGCUCGGGGAAACGGAGGCUGGAUAACGGAGAGGUCGGCCGCUGGAAGCUCACCGACGACCCCCCCCCUAAGAAGAAAGCCCCUCCCUCCCUGGAGGAGGGGGGGAGACAGGAGGGGGGAAGGCAGGAGGGGGGGAGACAGGAGGGGGGUCACAAGAGGAAGAAGGAGAAGGAGCUGCCGCAGGACAGCGGGCCCAAGAAGAAGGUAAGCCGAUCACAGAGCCGAGUGUCAGCCGAUCACAGAGCCGAGUGUCAGCCGAUCACAGAGCCGAGUGUCAGCCGAUCACAGAGCAGAGUGUCAGCCGAUCACAGAGCCGAGUGUCAGCCGAUCACAGAGCCGAGUGUCAGCCGAUCACAGAGCAGAGUGUCAGCCGAUCACAGAGCCGAGUGUCAGCCGAUCACAGAGCAGAGCGUCAGCCGAUCACAGAGCAG